AUGAGUAAACAUCUAAUCAGGAGAGCUGUUUUACUUCCCAAGGUUCCGACUUCAGCUGGUCCUGGUGGAAAGGUUUCACUACUUCUCAAAAGUUUCUCAAAUCCAUCAAAUAAAGACUUGAACGGAAAUUGUUGUGAACCAUCUUGUAGGAGUUGUGACUAUUACUUGGAAAUUUGUCUGAAACAAUCUGUUGGCGGAUCUUGUUUGGUCUCUGCGACGACAAAUACAUAUCAUGACACCAAGCAUGUUGUCUUUGGUGCAAACGAAGGCUUCUAUCGUGGAGGAAGAAACCCACUCAUAUGGAGUUUCUCUUCGUGGAAGGUAUGCCGGAGUAAGCCAGAGUAAGGCGAUCAAACAUAAGUAUAUAGGUCUAUCUUACAAAUCGUGAGUGUCUACAUCAUUGCUUCUCUGCAUGAAUUAUAUUGCUUUUAACGCUUUUAGGAAACAAUUCUUCUUUCCUUUCUUAUGAAUGUUCUUUUUUGGACUGGAAAUUGUUGAUAAAUAUCGAGCCCCUUCACGCCCAGCAAAAAACAUUGAGGGUCUGGAAAACUUGACUGAUAGCAGUUGAUGAUUAACUAUCCUCGUAGAUAAUUUUCCUUCUCAAUAUCAAUGUACUUUUUUCUGAGGAAACUAUCACUAUUAUCAUUCAUGAAGCAGUAAAAGUAAGAUAAAGUAACGUUCGACUAUAACUUUUUUAGGGUUCGUUCGUGGUAAGUGUCAAAGCCAUGGAUUAUGAUCCACUAUCAUCGGAUGACAUGAUAGACAGAUACGAAAAGAAAGUCACCGUCAUUCCCAGUUCAUGGACUUCCUCCAAGAAUUGGCGGGAAAUCACUUUGGGUGGUAACCCGUCUACGACUGUUUUGCAAUACACAGUCCAGUGCAGCCAAGAUUAUUAUGGUCCUAGUUGUACCACGCUUUGUAUAGAGCGCGAUGACAACAUAGCAGGUCAUUACACGUGCGACAAAACUACUGGUCAUAAGGUUUGCCGCGUUGGAUGGUAUGGUGCCAGCUGUAAGGUAUACUGUAUACCUCACGAUGACAACACAAACGGACACUACACAUGCGAGCCAGGGACAGGAAGAAAGAUUUGUCUUCAUGGAUGGUAUGGACUCAGCUGUAAGGUACACUGUAUCCCAAGGAAUGACUCGCUGGCGGGUUAUAAUUGCGAUUCCCAGGGACAAAAAAAUUGUUUGCAUAACUGGUAUGGCAAAAAUAAAUGUACUGUUUAUUGCAAACAGACCAACGAUUCUAAGGCUGGCUACAUGUGUGACUCAAAUGGAAACAGGAUGUGUUUACAAGGCUGGUAUGGACCUUCAUGCGAUUGCAAAGCAAGGAACGACUCUUCCAUGGGUUACACCUGUAAUAUUACAACCGGAAGAAGAAUCUGCCUUGAGGGAUGGUUCGGCGACUAUUGUGACAUUUUCUGUUCCCCAAGAAAUGAUUCAGCAGGUCAUUACAUUUGCAACAGUGGCACUGGAGCUAAAGAGUGUCUGCUCAACUGGUAUGGAGAAAACUGUACUGUUUACUGCCAAUCCAGGAAUAAUUCUAUUGGUCAGCACGAGUGCACUGUAAAUGGGAGUAAGCUGUGUGCACGUAACUGGUAUGGACCCAACUGCACAAUUUAUUGCGCCUUAAGAGAUGAUCAGACGGGUCACUUCACUUGUCACCCAAAGACAGGACGGAUGAUUUGUAAUCCGGGCUGGUAUGGUGGCAAUUGUACUACUUUCUGCGUUCCUCAAGAUAGUGAUUGGUAUGGGCAUUACAAUUGUAACAUGAUCGAUGGAAGUAAGAUGUGUCAUAGUAACUGGUAUGGAGCUCAGUGCUCUACCUUCUGUUCUCCUCAAAAUAACUCGGACGGGCAUUACAAGUGCGAUAAGAGAAAUGGCAGCAAGAUUUGCCUAGAUAACUGGUAUGGAACCGAGUGCAAAUCUUUUUGCAAAGCAACGAACAAUUCAGAAGGACACUACCGUUGUGCGAUAGAGGACGGGACCAAGAUUUGUGACCGGAGCUGGUUUGGACAAAACUGCACCAUUUAUUGCACAGCAAGAAAUGACUCUCAAGGGCAUUACGUAUGCGAUCCUCGCGACGGUAGUAAGAUGUGUCACCAGGGCUGGUUUGGUCGAAAUUGCUCAACGCAUUGUGUACCCAGCAACAACUCUGAGGGACAUUACGACUGUGGGUCUGAGGAAGGUACAAAAAUAUGUCACCAAACUUGGUAUGGCCCUAACUGCUCCACUAAUUGUAUCCCUAGGGAUGACCCCGUCGGCCACUAUAGUUGUGAUGCCACCAAUGGAAGCAAGGUAUGUAACUUGCAUUGGUAUGGACCUAACUGCACUGCAUUUUGCAAGGCACAAAACAACAACGAAGGGCACUACACGUGUGAGGAGGACACCGGCCAAAAACUGUGUUUGAAAGGUUGGCAAGGAGAAGCGUGUCUUCAAAGUAAGUGUACUGAGUCGUGAAUGUUUUCCUUUCCUUAUUAUUGAUCAUCCGGUCAACCCAGAAAAUGCAGGUAGAAAGUGUUUGGAUGAAAUGACUUGAAAAAAUGUCGCAAAAUAAAUAAGUUAAAGUAAGAGUAGUUGCUGUUAUUGCUGAACUUUAUUUUCUUUUUAUUUUUAAGAAGUUAUAUCUACUUCUCACCCAUCUAUAAGGACUCCUUCGUCAUUGUCGUCUUUCCCGACCGAAAAGAAAACCACAGACCACAUUAUUACGACUGCGUUCUUCCCUCAGACCAAGAUGUCAACUACGGAGUCGACUGAAGAAAAUAGCGCUGUGGAAAAGGAAAGUAGAAAGGCAGAUGAGGAAGGAUGGUUGACUAAAACGCGGAUCGGUUUGAUCUCUGGAGGCUUUGCAUUACUACUGUGUAUAUGUGCCAUAAUUAUGAUAGCUAUGCUAAGGUCAGUAUCUCUUUGCAGAAUUCACGUGCAUGUUUCAUUUUGUACAAAUUACCUGUUAGAUUCGGAUCUAAUGAAAAGGGAGAGAUUCCUUAGGUGUUUAGCCUAAGCUAACCAAACUAAUCCGGAAAUUUGGGAUUUAAAUAUCAUGAAAUGCGCGUAUUUUUUGUGAUUUACAUUAAAAAGCACGACUGUUUAGAUACCUUUUCGGAUGAUUUUAAAGUUGUUCUGAAAGAAGAGCCUUCCCAAUUUGUCGUAUUCAUUGGACAUAUGGAACGAACCGGGAACAAACCAAAGGUUUGACCAGCGAGUUCAGUAAGAAGAAGGUCCAAGUGUCCAUGUACAUAUUUCCUAUUUCACUGUGUAUUAAGGAAUUCGAGUUCAUUCAGGCUUCUUUUGUUCAACCUCAGUUGCAGGCCUAAAGCCAAGCGAGUUCCCUAUUUUAGACAAAAAAAUGAAACACGGAUGCAUUCAUCAGAAAGACGAGCAAGUGGUAGAGUAAACCCAUUAGCAGACGAUAUCCUGACGCAAUAUGAAAUGAACGAAAUGUUCUUCAAGGUUCAACAAGUCUCUUGGUGAGUUUCUUUCUCUGCUAAAAAGGACUGGAUUGAUUUUUGGUGACUGGAAUCUCCCUUAUGUUGGAUGAGUAAUGCAAUUUAUACAUGUUGAAGAGUACGAUCGUGUUUGACUUAAAAUCCUUUUUUUUUUUCAUUCAGAGCACAUACAUAUGAUAAAAACAACUUAAGGUCACCCUGUAACUUAAAUAAACUAUUCUCGUUCUGAUGAAGUAAAAUAAAGAUAACUUUAACUUUUCUUCAAGAAACGCAAAAAUUCGCAAUAAACGGAAAGUUCAAGGCCUACUUCGGUGAGAAAAAGGUAUAAGCUUUAUAUCAAACAAUUUGAUACCAUCUGUUUUUUAUGAUAACCGGAGGUAAACCAAUUAGUUUUUGUUUUUUUGUUUAUUGCACCGUCUCUUUAAAUUCAAAGACAUCUUUGCACCUUGCAGAAAUAAACUCAGGUUGUCAUAAUUUGGGUGUUUUCAAAGAACUCUUAAGCCACUUUAACCUUUUUAGAAUAUUUGGUGAAGACUGAUUUGACUAUUCAUUUUUUUUCCUUGUGUAGGAUUGAAGACGGCUCAAGACAAGUAGACGACCACCUGGUGAUGUACAAUAAUCCACUUUUUGCUCCACGAAAACAAAAACCCAAGUGCGGUACCAGUGACAAACAACUAAAACUUGACAACGAUUGGAAUGUUGUGUUUGAUUUGUGAACAAAAGGGUAAAAUUGACAAGUUGACAGAAGUCGUAAAUUUAAUUCCAUAUGAAAUCGAGCUUCAGGUAUAAAAAUAGCCGUAAAGGCGGACAAGUGACACCAGGAAACAGAUUGCUCUUAUGUAUAAUAAAAUCACUGGUGAGAUUUCAUACAAAUGAAAGGUCAGAAAAUUGCGUCUGAAAAUUGCUCAUCUACGAGUCGAAAUUUUAUUAUGAGGGGCUAAACGUGCCUUUGAUCUGAGAUUCUAGAUUACAACCUUGUAGACGAAUCUCCUUUUUUUGUCAAAAAUGUCUGAAAUUUCUUCGCAGUGAGAACUCAGGCCGCAGGAGCCACGCUAACCUGUCAACACAUUUAUUUAUAAAUCAAUUUACAUUUCCGUUUGUUUGGUCAUUAGGAAGUUUCGAGACCACUGUUGCAGAUCUUGAAGUAACCAGACUCUUCAUGUUAUAAAGUCUGGAAUUGGCUAUUGGUCCCAUAAAAUCGGGUCCACGCGUGAUUUUAGGAUGAGUACUCUCUGCUACUUGAGUGCUUGAAUCCUGCAGGGAUCUAAAACUAAUUAUACAUCUAUUGUGGAAGAAAUUAAAGAAUACUUUUUUCUUUUAGGAAGGAUUCGUUUUCAAUCAGUCAAGUUUAAAGAGUG